GAGAGCAUUUUUACAGGCGAGUGAGCAGGAAGCUCAUGACGGCAGCUUUUCUGGAUUCUGCAGAAGGUAAAGCAGCUACAACUUUAGGAGGAGGUGUAUCUGGUGGAAACAAGAAUUAACAAAAAGGAGUUUACGGAUAAAUUAAAAAGGGUGGGCAGCUACUUUUAUUUUUAAAAAGGACAAAUUCAAGCUUUCCUUCAGAAGACAGAAAGGACGUAUAAAAGGUUGCAUCAUGGGAUCUUUGGGACUUGAGCUGACUGGCAUUUCACUGUCCUUGCUGGGCUGGCUGCUGAGUGUGGUCAGCUGUGCCCUGCCUAUGUGGAGGGUCACUGCCUUCAUCGGUGCCAACAUCGUCACCGCUCAGGUGUACUGGGAAGGUCUGUGGAUGAGUUGUGUGGUCCAGAGCACAGGGCAGAUGCAGUGUAAGGUCUACGACUCCAUGCUGGCACUGCCUCAGGACCUCCAGGCUGCCAGGGCACUCACCAUCAUUGCCAUCAUCUUGGGAGUGGUAGCACUCCUCAUUUCCAUGUUGGGAGCGAAGUGCACCAACUGCAUCGAGGAAGAAGGGGUUAAAGCCAGGGUGAUGAUCUCAUCUGGAGCAGGCUUCAUCACAGCAGCUCUGGCACAGCUGGUGCCUGUUUCCUGGUCGGCACACACCAUCAUUAUUGAGUUCUACAGUCCAAUCAUUCCCUCUGGCCAGAAGAUGGAGAUCGGGGCAUCACUGUAUCUGGGAUGGGCCGCCACGGCCCUGCUUCUGAUUGGGGGGGGCAUUCUUUGCUGCAGUUUGACAUGCGCUUUGCCUAUGUGGAGGGUCACAGCCUUCAUUGGAGCCAACAUUGUCACUGCUCAGACCAUCUGGGAGGGUUUGUGGAUGAACUGUGUCAUGCAGAGCACCGGGCAGAUGCAGUGCAAAAUCUAUGACUCAAUACUGGCUUUGCCUCAAGACCUGCAGGCUUCCAGAGCAAUGACGGUUGUUGCCAUUAUACUUGGGAUUCUGGGGGUUAUGAUCUCCAUCGUUGGAGCCAAGUGCACCAACUGCAUCGAAGAUGAGCCGUCCAAAGCCAAAGUGAUGAUCAUCUCUGGGGUCUUCUUUAUCCUUUCCAGUCUUCUGGUCCUCAUCCCUGUCUCCUGGAGUGCCACUGUCAUUAUUCAAGAUUUCUACAAUCCCCUCCUCACCGACGCACAGAGACGGGAGAUUGGGGCAUCACUCUACAUUGGCUGGGGAGCAGCCGCCUUGCUCCUGAUUGGUGGGGCAGUGCUGUGCACCCGCUGCCCACCAAAAGAGAAGAAGUACAAGCCACCAAAGAUGGCCUACUCUGCCCCACGCAGCACCAGCGCAGGUGGAGGAUAUGACAGGAAGGAUUAUGUUUAAACAACUUUUAAAAAAAAAAGAUCAUGAAAAGUAGAGUUAAAUGACUAUGUCUGCUGUUUGUGUGUGUUUGUGUAUCGAUGUGUGUUGCUGUCUGAAACCACAGGGUGAAACCCUCUAAACGACUCCGAGAUGAAGAUAUUUGUACAAAUACUGAUCGUUCUGCUUUGUUUUUCACUAACACAGAACAGCUCCAUUUCCAAAAUAUGAAUAUGAGUGCCUACUUUUCAGCAACUUUAUUCUUUCGAAAUAUUUUAGCAAACAAAACAUUUAUCCUAGACAUUUCAUGUAAUACCAAAAACACCUGCUUUUGUUUUUGUUGGCCAGCUGUAUGGUGUCAUGUUUCAUUGAAACUUGCUGUUAAAAUGCUGUGUCUGACAGUGACGAGGAAGAGCCAGCUCUCAUUUUACAUGGAUUUGGUUGCAUGAUUGUUUCGUGUGUGAGUCUGUGUGUGUGUGUGUGUGUGUGUGUUUUGCAUGUGAUAUUUGCUUAGGAGAGUUUCUGCUGAGACUGAAACUAAAGGUGGAUUGCUGACAUGACCAUGUUUUGUUUUCCUCCACACAGUUUCACUGUUGGAUGACAGAAAUGGCUGUUUUAGUUUAGCUGGCAGCCAAAGUCAGACUCUUUUUUGUCCUUAUGUGAGUUUAUUUCUUAGUUUAUUUUGUAAGGUAAUGUAAUUGUAAUGUAUUCUAUCAUAUUUGCAUGUUUAAAUUUUUAUAUAUAUAAUGUAUAUUUGUUUGAUUUGGGGUAUCUUUUUCUAUUAUUUUACAUUUUAAAACA